UAAAAUGUGAAAUUAUUAAUUACCUACGUGAUAAAACGUACAUACGUACUGUGGCGAAUCAAAGGAAACAUUAAUAAAUAGAUUUCACAAUGAAUCCUAUGACAAACGUAAAAAAUGUUUUGAAGUUAAGUGAACGGGAGCUUGCCAGCAAUUCUAAAAGUUCUUGGCAUGAUCAAUACAAAGACAGUGCUUGGUUAUUUCUAGGUGGUUUGCCAUACGAUUUGACGGAAGGAGAUAUUAUUUGCGUUUUCUCCCAGUAUGGUGAAAUUGUCAAUAUUAAUUUAGUAAGAGAUAAAGAGACAGGCAAAUCCAGAGGAUUUGCAUUUAUUUGCUAUGAGGAUCAAAGGUCUACUAUCCUCGCUGUGGAUAACUUAAAUGGAAUUAAGAUUUUAGGCAGAACACUUAGAGUGGACCACUGCGAGCAAUAUAGAGUCCCAAAUGCAGAUAUGAGCAAAGUAGAUGAAUUGACAGCAUUUGUAAGAGCAGAGGGGUGUGCUCCCACAUUACCAGCCAGCCAACCAGUUGUACCUGUUGAACUGGUACCUAAGGAUAAAGGACAUAAAGAAAAGAAAAAGAAACAUAAGGAGAAGAAAAGCAACAAGAAAAAGAAAAACAAGGGCAAAUCCGAUUCUGAUGGCAGUGCCAGUGUUUAAGGAUUAUUUAGUAAGAGUAUAAGAACUAAAUUGUAAACUGAGGCUGGUUUUAGUUUCUAUUCCAUUCAUAGAGUAAUAAAUACUUGUGUUAAAUUAA